AGCACAUAACUGAAAGGACUGUAACCUACCUAACACAGAAUGAGGACACUUGCUUUGUUGGUGACUCUGGCAUGUUUUGCCAGUGCUCAGCACCAGGCAUUGAUUGACUACUUGGAACGCAGACUGCUUGCUAUUGAGGAUCGCAUUUCCCUAUGGCACGAGCAGAGCACCCGCUACGCCAGCGAGCUCCGGGAGUUGAAGCAACAGAUGGUCGCCCAGCUAGAGAACCUGGACAAAGAGAAAGAGGCUCUGCGUGUGAAUCUGGAGGGCAUGGGGACACGGGUUGACCGCGUCGAGCGAGAGAUGGACUACCUGGAGACCCAGAACGGGGCUCAACCCUGCGUUGAUGUGGACGACAAGCUGGUGGAACAGCAGGUGAUGCAGGUGAAGGAGAAGAACAAGGCCAAGUAUGAAAAACUUUCAGACUGCAGGCACAUGAUGUCCAGCAUAAAAGCCAUGAAAAUCUUGAAGAGAGUUGGAGGUUCCAAGGGCACGUGGACCAAGGACAUCAAUGGUCUCUUGGGCAAGGUGUACAUUUUCAAUGGGACUAAUGAAGAAACCAUCCACGAGUUUGCCUCUGUGCAGGACUUCAGCAUCUCCCAGGGCACUUCUCUGGCCAAGCCCUGGAACCUCCCCUCCUCCUGGAAGGGAACUGGCCAUGUCGUUUACAACAGCCAUGCAUAUUAUGUGAAAGAGGCUGAGGAGGUCAUGGUAGUGAAGUACGACCUGAGGAAUGGAACUGUGGUCGACAGUGCAGUGUUCCCGGUCCAGGAUCAUGUCCCUGUUUACGGGCUGAACCCUGAGACAGUGAUUGACCUGGCUGUGGAUGAGGAGGGCCUGUGGGCGAUUUUUGCUACACGGCAGAAUGAGAGACGCAUCUCUCUGGCCAAGAUGGACGCCCGUACACUGGACAUUGAGCAGAUGUGGGACACAACAUGUCCACAGGAGAAUGCUGAGGCGGCCUUCAUAAUCUGUGGCACACUAUAUGUAGUUUACAACACCAAGCAACCUGGUCGUUCACAUGUCCAGUGUGUGUAUGAUGUGAAUGAUAUGGUAACCAAUGAAGAUGCGCCACUGGUUUACUUUCCAAAGCGUUAUGGAGCCAACUCCAGUCUGAAGUACAACCCUCUGGAGCAGCUCCUCUAUGCCUGGGACGAUGGCUACCAGAUCCUGUAUAAGCUUGUACUGAAGAAGAAACUGGAGAUUUAGGUUAAGCACUUGCAUCAACCUUUAUGGUGUCAAGUACAAAGUGGGAAAUGUUUAACACUUAAGUGUUCAAAGGUUCUGGGCUGUAAAAAGGCAUGUACCAUCCAUUUGAUUUUAUAGAAUGUCUAAAUCAUACACAUCUUCAAAGUUUGAAAAGCUCUAUAUGAUUAAUUCAUCUAUGGAACGGUUCCUUAUGAUUCGGAACAAUUUACCUCCAAUCCAUGCUUCUCAAAAGCUGUUUGUUUUAUUUCUAAUGAACAGCAGAUUUGAUGCAACUUAGCUGAGAUCUGUUGGCUUUUUAAAGUAACCUGAUGAGGUUUUUUAGGUUGUAAAUCAUUAAAUCAGUUGUUAAUUUCUUUUUCAGCUGUAAUUUGACACCUGCAAUAAUUUUCACAUGGCUAACAUGAGUUAGCCUAUUUUUAUGAGCUCUCCAUUUGAUGUUGUAACGUUGGUCAGGGACUACUCAGACAUGCCACUGUCAGACAGAAUAUAUAUAUACACUACCGUUCAAAAGU